GUCAAAGAGAGAGAAGGGAGAGGGAGAGGCUGGUUGGAAAGUAGUUGUCGUAGAAGUUCAGGCUGGCGGAGUUGUUAAUGUUCGUGUUUCCGUGUGCGUAUGCUCACAGCGCGUCAUACGGCGCAUACUAGCAUCUCUUGGGUCUCCACCCAACCCACCGAGGCUCUCUAUCAUCUCUUCCAGCUCAUCCAUAAUGUUCACAACUUUUAUUACCUCCUCUACUUCUCCACCACAACUUCUCCUAAACCCACAACAAUGUCAUCUCCUCCUGCAUCCGCCGCCACACGGAGGUUCCCCUCUCCGUGCUGGGCCCACGAAGAGACGCUCACUCUCAUCAAGGCUUACCGCGAUCGGUGGUUCGCUCUCAGCCGCGGCAACCUCCGUGCCUCCGAUUGGGAGGUCGUGGCUGCUGCCCUAGCUUCUGCUGGGGCUACUGAUGGUGCGCCUAAGACUUCCAUCCAGUGCCGCCACAAGAUCGAGAAGCUAAGGAAACGGUACCGU